UGUGAAGCGGAACCUGCCGACCCCCCCCGGGCGGGUCAGCCCUGCUCCGAGCCCCGCAGCCAGCAGCGCAGCCAGCAGUGCAGCCUCUCCGGCGGAGCCGGGGCCGCGGGGGCAGCGCCCGCCCGUGAGGGGAAGGGGCCGCGCCCGCCGUCACGUGACCGCGCGCCGCCGGGUCGCCCGGCAACGGCCCCGCGGCCUGGGAAGAUGGCGGCGGCGGGGCGGCGGCGGCGCGGUGCCCCAAAUAAUUGGAAAGAAAAGGAUGUUUUAGAUGAGUAUUUCCUUCAAAAAGAAAGAGAUCUUCGUCAGGUCAUUGUACUGCCAAAAGCACAAUGGGAGAGGAUUCAGGGCAGCAUUAGAGAAGCACCACACACUGCUGAGAAGAAACAACAGGCAGAAGUGGAAUUGGACUCCAAAGCUGCUGAAAAAGAAGACCAGCGCAAUGCCACUCUGAACCUGAUAAAACAGAAACUUCAAGCCAAAAAAUUACGUGAAGAAAAGGAAGAGGAAGAAAGAAAGUUACUUGAUUUGGAAGAAGCAAAGUUCCAAGCAGCAAAACGGAAGGAGGUUAUUGAUCGUGCAAAAACCUACCUAUCUUACCAGGACGACAGAAUGAGACAGUUCCAUAGUGCACUUCUACUUACUAAGGUCCUAAAAGAAAGAGAUGCUCAAGUUGAAUUUCUAAAGUCAAUAUUCGUUGAUAACAAAAAGAAGGACUAUGAAGAAGAGCAACGUAAAUUUAAAGAAUACAUUCUCAGUGAGCAAGAAAAAGCACAUCAGCAUUAUAUGAAUAAACAGGCACUAUGCAAAGAUCAGUUACAACAAAUAAAGGAGCGCGAGCAUCAGGCAGAUCUGGCCAAAGAGGAAAAAAAAAGGGAAGAGGAAGAAAUUCAGAGAUCAAUCGAACUGUACCAACUGGAAACCCAGAGAAAAAAAGAAAAGGAACACGAGGAAAAAAUGGAACGCCGGAAGCUGUAUCAUGCAUAUAUAAAUGACCAGAAAAUAAUCAAAGCAAUAGAGGAACAAAACCGAAUGGAAGAAGAUGAGAGGAUCAAAGCUCAUUUUAAAGCAAAGGAAAUUAUUGCCCAGAUGAGAAAAAAGAAAGAAGCUGAAAUGCGUAGACAAGUACAGGAACAACGGGACAAAAUCAUUAGUCGAUUAGCUGAACAAAUGAGUGAGACAUUAAGGAAGGAAGACGAUCGACUGGCUAGAGAUGUUGCAAGAAUAGAAGCUGAAGAAGAAAAAAAACGCAAAGAGAAAGAAGCAAAACAAAAGGCUGCCAUUGAAUCUAUUGCUGAACACAGAGCCACUGUGAUGAAGUUGAAAGAGGAAAAGGAGAGACAGGAGAAAGAAGAGGCUGAAAAAGAACGUGAUAGGUUAAUGGAAAAAGCACGCAUCCACCUGGAAAUGGAAAACAACAAAAAACAUGGACGAGAUGAGGCAAACAGAGAAGUACAGAAAAUUCAGCUCCAGCAAAUGGCUGAAAAGCAGGCAAGAAAAGAGCAGGAAAAGCAAGCAGACUUGGACUACAAUGCUCAGAGAGAGGCUAUUGCACUUUAUAAAGAGGAAGAGUUUCAGAAAUAUGCAAAGGAAUUAAUCGAAACAGAAUCUAAGACGACACAGCAUCUUUAUCCUCUUCUCAAAGCAUGUGAAAAUGGAAGAGGACUGCGACAUAGGCCAUUUUUCUGAGAGAAGAAGAAAUAGAUACUAGUUUCCAAACAUAUAAUUCUAUGUUGGGACCCAGUUACCUUGUUGUAGCUGUAGUGCUGCUCAAGAAACAAAAAUAUGAAGCAAUGUUUUUGUUUAAAAAAGUUUUUUAAACUGUCCACCAAGGAAAGGCAGAAGCCAUUUUCAAGUUAAAUAAAUAUGUUUUUCAACCAUACAGGCAGAGUUAAACUGUAAAUUAUUUAUAUCAAGUAUAUACCAUGAAUCUAGAUUUCCACUUGAAAAGUAAAAGAUUGCCAUAGAAGUGGUUAUAUUCAAACAUCCCCAGCCUGUAUUUCAUGAAUGUUAGUUUAUAAAACUUUAGACAGGAAUUCAUAUUAUAUAACUGACUGUCACUGUAAGCCAUUCCUGCCAAAAGCUCACUACUUCCGUUAUAUUUUUAAUAUUCAUUGUUCUAAAAAUUCACUGUCCCACGUUACAACUACAGGGGACAAAAAAAAAAGAGAAUACAUGUGAAAGUUAGAACAGUUAGGGUGUGCAGUUUUGGUAGUAUUUUGCAAGUAUGUCUGAAAAACAAAUGUCAUGCUAAAAAUCAGUUUUAUAACAUGAAAAUAUUAAUGUAAAUUGAUCCAAGCCCUUAAGAAGUCACCAAAGAGACAAAUAGGUCCCAAUACAGCUGUAAAUAGGGCCUACAAAAUCAGUACAUCUGCAAGAGACAACAUAAUUGGGCUGUUCCUUCAAAAAUACUUACAGCAAUUCAGGCUGUAAAUAGAUAUGAUCUAUUAAAUAGCUAAAUAGAUGUGAUCUAAAAUUGUCUUUUAGAUUCCUCAGCAAUUUUACUCACCAACACCCAAG